AUGUCUGCACAGAAUUCAGCGGGCAUUCAGACGUUGCUGGAUGCAGAGAGGGAGGCCCAGAAGAUUGUCCAGAGAGGUUGGUGUUCUGGAGCUAGAGUCUCGAUUGAACAGGUUGCUAACGUCUAUCAUGUACAGCUAGAGAAUCUGAUGAUAGCAGACCGCACUAAGCGUGUAAAGGAGGCGAGGGACGAGGCGAAGAAGGAGAUUGAUGAGUAUAAGAAGCAGAAGGAUGUGGAGUUCAAGAAGUUUGAGUCUGAGCACACCAGCGGCAACAAGAAAGCAGAAGAGGAUGCAAGCAAGGACGCCGAGGUCAAGAUAAAGGAGAUCCAGGAGGCGGGCAAGAAGGGCCAGGAUCAGGUUGUGAAAGAUCUACUGAAGGCGGUGAUUGAUGUCAAGCCUGUGGUUCCAGAUCGUAUUGAGGUUCCGAAAUAA